UGAGGCGCUCUCGUGCUGCUGCUGCUGUCCUCGCGCCCGCCUCCGCGCCGUGCGCCGCCCGCUCGCCGGCGGCUCCACCGCCCUCGCCUCGGCCUCACUAGCCCGCCCGACCGGCAGCUCCUCCGGGAGCUCGCCGGGAACUCGCGCCCCUCGCACUACCGCGGCGCUGAGGCGGCCGCUUCGGGCCAUGGUGCCCUCCCAGGAGGAGUCCGCCGCCGCACGGGGGACGAGCGAGGCGCCGCCACCCUACCCUGAACCCAUGGAGACCACUCUGCUGCCCGGCCCGGGACCCUCGGACGGCCCCGAGGCGGCCGCGGAGAAGGUGGAGGUGGAGCUGACGGGGCCGGUGGGCUCCGAACCCCCUCAGCCCCCCGAGGGCGGCUGGGGCUGGCUGGUGAUGCUGGCAGCCAUGUGGUGCAACGGGUCGGUAUUCGGCAUCCAGAACGCCUGCGGAGUGCUCUUCGUGUCCAUGCUGAAGACCUUCGGGUCGGACGACCAGGACAAGAUGGUCUUCAAGACAGCAUGGGUAGGUUCUCUGUCUAUGGGGAUGAUUUUCUUUUCCUGUCCAAUAGUCAGUGUCUUCACAGACAUAUUUGGUUGUCGGAAAACAGCUGUCGUGGGUGCUGCAGUUGGAUUCAUUGGACUCAUGUCCAGUUCUUUUGUAAGUUCCAUCGAGCCUCUGUACUUUACCUAUGGGAUCAUAUUUGCCUGCGGCUGCUCCUUUGCAUACCAGCCUUCACUGGUCAUUUUGGGACACUAUUUCAAGAAGCGCCUUGGACUGGUGAACGGCAUUGUCACCGCUGGCAGCAGUGUCUUCACAGUCUUGCUGCCUUUCCUUUUAAGGGUUCUGAUUGACAGUGUGGGCCUCUUUGACACACUGAGGGUCCUCUGCAUCUUCAUGUUUGUCCUCUUUCUGGCUGGCUUUACUUACCGACCUCUUGCUUCCCGUGCCAAAGAUAAAGAGAGUGGAACCAAAGGAAGCAACAGAUUCUCCCUCUUUUCCAGGAGAAAGUACAGUCCUCCAAAAAAAAUUUUCAAUUUUGCCAUCUUCAAGGUGACAGCUUACGCAGUGUGGGCAGUUGGAAUACCACUUGCACUUUUUGGAUACUUUGUGCCUUAUGUUCACUUGAUGAAACAUGUGAAUGAAAGAUUUAAAGAUGAAAAUAACAAAGAGGUGGUUCUGAUGUGCAUUGGCAUCACUUCAGGAGUUGGACGACUGCUCUUUGGACGGAUUGCAGAUUAUGUGCCUGGAGUGAAGAAGAUUUAUCUACAGGUACUCUCCUUUUUCUUCAUUGGUCUGAUGUCCGUGAUGAUUCCCCUCUGUAGUGUCUUUGGGGCCCUCAUUGCUGUCUGUCUCAUCAUGGGUCUCUUCGAUGGAUGCUUCAUCUCCAUCAUGGCUCCCAUUGCUUUUGAGUUAGUUGGUGCCCAGGAUGUCUCCCAAGCAAUCGGAUUUCUACUCGGAUUCAUGUCUAUACCCAUGACGGUGGGCCCACCCGUUGCAGGGUUACUUCGUGACAAGCUGGGCUCCUAUGAUGUGGCAUUCUACCUUGCCGGACUCCCUCCCCUGAUUGGAGGCGCUGUGCUUUGUUUUAUUCCAUGGAUCCACAGUAAGAAGCAAAGAGGGAUCAGUAAAACCACUGGAGGAGAAAAGAUGGAGAAAAUGUUGGAGAACCAGAACUCUGUGCUAUCAAGCUCAUCCGGACUCCUCAAGAAAGAAUCUGACUCUGUUAUUUAAUGUCUUAAAUACCUGCAUCAGACUGGACUUGCUUUCAGGAGUUAAAGCAAGUUUUCCUUUUAUAUGAAUUGCAAAUUUCUUAUUUUUUUAAAUAACAUCCUAGGAAUAGCACAGUAAUUGGGAAAUAGCACCCUUAUUACUACAGAACCAUUUUUGGCCACGGAAUAGCUGAUAUCCACGAGUCUGAGGGCAGUGACUCUGAUACAUGAAAACAUGUCUGAAAGUCAAAUUAUAUUUAAUUGUGAGAAUUUGAAGCUGUCAGUAAAAAGCAACUUUGGAAACUGUGAAUGCUAUUUAGCUUGUACAGAUAUUUAAAAAUACCUCAAGCUGUACUGGACUGGAAAUACUGUUUGUUGUCUCACUGGGUAUCUUUAUCUGGUACCUUUGUUUUAACUUCUGUUAUUUGGAAACUUUUUACAAAAUUUAACCCUGAAUUCUGUGUAACACCAGAUAUACUUAAGCCUCAAGUCUAUGUUAAAGUUACUUGCCUACUGUUAAAUAAGCUAUGAAAUUAUUAAGAUAUCCUGACUUGCUGCAGUGUUGAGAGACCUUUCUUGGAGCAGAUGCUAAUGAUGUAUUCAGCAUCAACAUGUGAAAUGAAAGGUUCUUGUUCAUAAAGACAGAACAGUUCAGAAAUCAGGCAUUCUUCCAUUUAUGUUUGUUUACUUUGAGUUUGUAGUGUUUUACUCAAGUAGUCAGAAACACCUCAAUUUUCUGAAUUUGUUUAUAUUGUAAUAAUAAAGUAAAAUAGAAUG